GGGUCCCAGCGCUCUACAGAGGCUGGAAAUGUCCGGGAGCGCUGAGCGCGGGCGCCGAGAUCCCCAAAACAGUCCCUUGGCCUGAGUCUCCCCGUCGGCGGCGCGCAGAGGAGGCCGGCCGGCCGGGGAUCGCCCAGCACCCUCCCCGCUCUGAGGUUCGGGGCUCCCGCCUCCACUACCGCGGCUCCUACCUGGAGAGGUGCCUCUGGGCGCAGGGGGCGGGCAGUCGGGGGGCGGGCGGGGAGCGGGCGCCGCCCUAAGCUUCCUGGCGCCUUUAAGGGGAAGAAGCCGGUGGAGGGAGGAGCCGUCCGAGGCUGUGCAGCGGGGAGAGCCUCUCCGGCGGGGUCGGCGGAGGCCAAGGCUGCGGAGAGAGAGUGGCCAGCCGGUCGCCCCGCCUGCCCCGCGCCAGGACCUCGAGGCCCGCGCCUCGCCUCCCCGCCCGCUUCGCAUCCGCAGCCUAGAGACCCCAUCAGAGCGCACACGCCCUUGCUGGUUGCCCGUCUGGCCUUCACGACCUCGACGGUUAUCCUCUGAUCAGCGGGAGCCCAGCCUUGGGGCAGGCGCCUCGGCCCCAGGACCGCUGCUGCCAGACCCGUUGACACUGCCUGUUGGCACCGGCGCCAAAGGACCGCUCAGCCCGCGACGGGGCCUCGUCCGGGUCCCAACGCCACUGCCGGCGCCUGGCCUCGAGCUACCGAACACGAGCAGCGCCGUCCGGGGGCGGGACACGCCGCCGCAGCUCCGUCCCCGCCGAGGCAGCCCGAGCGCCGCGGGAGCCGAGCCUGCAGCGCGCUCCCGCCGGGGAGGGCAGCCGUGCUCCGGAGCCCGCCCGGCCGCGAGGGCCGCGAGGACCUGGGGAGCUCUCCGAGGAGCCCCGCGUCCUUCCCCGGACCUGCGCGCCCGGCCUGCGGCUCUCGGACCCGGACCCGCCCCGACCCUCGACGGAAGCGCGCGGCGGGGACGCGACGGCUGCACCAUGACAGCCGAGAGCGGGCCGCCGCCGCAGCCGCCGCCGCCGCCGCAGCCGGAGGCGCUGGCCGCCGUGAAGGAGGAGCGCGGUGAGGAGGGCGCCGGGGUCCCGGCGGCGGAGGCGGCGGGUCGCGGCGCGGGCGGGCGGCGGCGGAAGCGCCCCCUGCAGCGCGGGAAGCCGCCCUACAGCUACAUCGCGCUCAUCGCCAUGGCCAUCGCGCACGCGCCCGAGCGCCGCCUCACGCUCGGCGGCAUCUACAAGUUCAUCACCGAGCGCUUCCCCUUCUACCGCGACAACCCCAAGAAGUGGCAGAACAGCAUCCGCCACAACCUCACGCUCAACGACUGCUUCCUCAAGAUCCCGCGCGAGGCCGGCCGCCCGGGCAAGGGCAACUACUGGGCGCUCGACCCCAACGCCGAGGACAUGUUCGAGAGCGGCAGCUUCCUGCGCCGCCGCAAGCGCUUCAAGCGCUCGGACCUGUCCACCUACCCGGCCUACAUGCACGACGCCGCCGCCGCCGCCGCCGCUGCUGCCGCCGCCGCCGCCGCCGCCGCCAUCUUCCCGGGCGCCGUGCCCGCCGCUCGCCCGCCGUACCCCGGCGCCGUCUAUGCGGGCUAUGCGCCGCCGUCGCUCGGCGCGCCGCCCCCGGUCUACUACCCGGCUGCGUCGCCGGGCCCGUGCCGCGUCUUCGGGCUGGUGCCCGAGCGGCCGCUCAGCCCCGAACUGGGCCCCGCGCCGCCGCCGCCGCCGUCGGGCCCCGCGGGCUCCUGCGCCUUCGCGGCGGCCAGCGCCGCCUCUGCCGCCGCCGCCACCGGCUACCAGCCCGCGGCGGGCUGCGCGGGCGCCCGGCCCGUCAACCCCGCCGCCUACGCGGCCGCCUACGCGGGCCCGGACGGCGCGUACCCGCAGGGGGCCAGCGGCUCCCUCUUCGCGGCGGCGGGCCGGCUGGCGGGGCCGGCCUCGCCCCCCGCGGGCGGCGGCGGCGUCGGCGGCGGCGUGGAGGCCGCCGUGGACUUCUACGGGCGCACGUCGCCCGGUCCGUUCGGGGCGCUGGGACCCUGCUACAACCCCGGCGGGCAGCUCGGAGGGGGCGGUGCAGGUGCCUACCACGCUCGCCCCAUGGCCGCCUACCCUGGCGGGGUGGAUCGUUUCGUGUCCGCCAUGUGAGCCGAGCAGACGGUGGGAAAAAUUCAUAGAUGCCCUGGCUGUUUACACAGAGUAUCCCCAAGACUGAGGACAGGACCGGAGAGAGGGCCCAAGUGAGGGCUCCGGAGAAGAGGCGCGGACAGGAGAGUCAGCCUCCCUCGCGUACACACCGGGUUAGCCGUGUACAUGGGAGGAGGACGCUGGGAGAGGCGGCUCAGCUCGCGGACUGGGACAAAGGACCCCCCCAUCGGGUGACGCUCCCAAAGACAUGCCUUUCACGGGGCGUAGUGUGUCCACACCAGACUCUAGGAUCCGAAUCACAUGACUUCACUCUUCCCCGUGCGGCGGGGAAACACGGGCCUUUUUACACGGGUUCCGCCUCUUGUGCCUGAAAACUAUGUUACUGCAAUAAAAAGGCUCCAAUAGCGCCUUACUUUUAAGGUGAGGAAGACAAGUUUGCAAAAAGAAGUAGUUUUGUUGUUUUCUUUUGUUUUGCAACUAGGGAAAUCGCUCUGCUUUGCCUGGCCUGCCGCUGGUUUGCCCUGCCUUUGAGAAUAGCAGCUAUGGCGGAGUCUGGACUGUGCCUCAGCUCCACAGUGUGACCCAGUACCAUCACCCACACCCCAGUCUCCCAGCUGUUACACAAGAGGGCUGCGGCAUUCCCAUGAUCUUUAAGGGCCUAGCACCCGUGGAUGCUGGCCUGUAUGUUUGGCAGCAUUCAUGGGCCACCCAGGGCCUAAACUAGCCCUAUUGCAGGGAAUUAGAACAGAGCUCAUGGCAAGCAUCUAAUCUAAAGUCUCUGGAUUCGCUCCAGGCCGUCAUUAUAUCUUAAUUUCUUGAAUCUUUUGAGCAUGAUGUGCUGAUCAUUUGGCAGCUGUUUCAUCUGGGUCCUAAAUGUAGUUUUCCAGUGAAGCAGGGAGAAAUACAUUUGUCCAUGCUCCACUCUUCCUUUUCAUCAAGCAGCCCUGGACCCAGUGGA